AAGUAGGAGGUCCUGCAAAUAAGGGGCGGAGGACAUAGUGCAAAUAAGAGCCCCGCCUCCACAGCAGAAGGGUGAGCGCCCGGCCCAGAUGCUCACACUUGACGCGGGUCUGUCACCUGCGGACUCCCGUGCAGCGCACUGCUUCAGAAGUGAAAAAUAGCUGGUGCUCUUCCUCCAGUGCCGGCUGUAGGGUUGUAUAUGGCACGUCUGUUCUAUGCCCCCUCACAUGCAACCUCCCGCCGCCCACGCUGCAGAGUCAGCAUGUUCUGCUCAAGACUAGAGGCACUGGUGCUCCUGGGAGCUCUGCUGACUGGAUCCCUGGUUCCAGUGGGCGGUCAGGACACGCUCUCACUGCCCUGGGAAGUGCAGCGCUAUGACGGCUGGUUCAACAACCUGAGGCACCAUGAGCGUGGCGCGGCAGGCAGCCGGCUGCAUCGCCUCGUACCAGCCAAUUACGCUGAUGGAGUGUAUCAGGCUCUGGAGGAGCCGCUGCUCCCCAACCCGCGCCGUCUCAGCAACGCCGCCACGCAGGGUGAAGCAGGGCUGGCAUCGCUCCGCAACCGCACGGUGCUGGGGGUCUUCUUUGGCUAUCACGUGCUCUCGGACCUGGUGAGCGUGGAGACGCCCGGCUGCCCCGCCGAGUUCCUCAACAUCCGCAUCCCGCCCGGAGACCCCGUGUUCGAUCCCGACCAGCGCGGGGACGUGGUGCUGCCUUUCCAGAGGAGCCGCUGGGACCCCGAGACCGGACGGAGCCCCAGCAACCCGCGGGACCUGAUCAACGACGUGACGGGCUGGCUGGACGGCAGCUCCAUCUAUGGCUCCUCGCACUCCUGGAGCGACGCGCUGCGGAGCUUCUCCGGGGGACGGCUGGCGUCGGGGCCCGAUCCCGCCUUCCCUCGAGACUCGCAGAACUCCCUGCUCAUGUGGGCCGCGCCGGACCCGGCCACCGGGCAGCGCGGACCUCAGGGGCUGUACGCCUUCGGGGCCGAGAGAGGGAACCGGGAGCCCUUCCUGCAGGCGCUGGGCCUGCUCUGGUUUCGCUACCACAACCUGUGGGCUCAGAGACUGGCCAGCGAGCACCCAGACUGGGGGGACGAGGAGCUGUUCCAGCACGCUCGCAAGAGGGUCAUCGCCACCUACCAGAACAUUGCUCUGUAUGAGUGGCUGCCCAGCUUCCUGCAGAAAACACCCCCGGGGUACACAGGAUACAAGCCAUUUCUGGACCCCAGUAUCUCCCCUGAGUUUGUGGUGGCCUCUGAGCAGUUCCUCUCCACCAUGGUGCCCCCUGGCAUCUACAUGAGAAAUGCCAGUUGUCAUUUCCAGAAGGUCCUGAACAGGAAUUUUGACAGUUCCCCAGCUUUCAGGGUCUGCAACAGCUACUGGAUUCGGGAGAACCCCAAUCUGAACAGUACCGAGGAGGUGAGUCAGCUGCUGCUGGGAAUGGCCUCCCAGAUUUCAGAGCUGGAAGACAGGAUAGUGGUUGAAGAUCUGAGGGAUUACUGGCCUGGCCCUGGCAAGUUCUCCCGCACAGACUACAUAGCUAGCAGCAUCCAACGUGGCCGAGACAUGGGGCUACCCAGCUACCGCCAGGCCCUGCUGGCUUUGGGGUUAGAGACCCCAAAGAACUGGAGUGACCUCAACCCUAAUGUGGACCCCCAGGUGCUGGAGGCCACAGCAGCCUUGUAUGACCAGGACCUGUCUCGACUAGAGCUGCUUCUGGGGGGGCUCCUGGAGAGCCAUGGGGAUCCUGGACCCCUGUUCAGCACCAUCGUCCUCAACCAGUUUGUGCGGUUGCGGGAUGGUGACCGUUACUGGUUUGAGAACACCAGAAAUGGGCUGUUCUCCAAGGAGGAGAUUGCAGAAAUCAGAAAUACUACCCUGCGGGAUGUGCUGGUAGCUGUCACUGAAGUUAACCCCAGUGCCCUGCAGCCCAAUGUCUUUUUCUGGCAUGAAGGUGCGCCCUGCCCUCAGCCCCGGCAGCUCACAACUGAAGGCUUGCCCCUCUGUGUGCCCCUUACUGUGCUUGACUUCUUUGAGGGCAGUGGCCCUGGCUUUGGCAUCACCAUUGUGGCCCUCUGCUGCCUUCCAUUAGUGAGUCUGCUUUUCUCUGGGAUGGUGGCUUAUCUCCGAGGGAAAGAGCGCAAGAAACUACAAAAGAAAGGCAAAGAGAGUAUGAAGAAGGAAGCAGCCAAAGAUGGAGUGCCUGCAAUGGAGUGGCCAGGCCCCAAGGAGAGGAGCUAUCCCAUCACCAUCCAGCUGCUCUCAGACAGGCUGCAGGUCCUGGACAGGAAUCUUGCUGUGCUCCGCAUAGUCCAGCUGCGGCCCCCACAGCAGGUCAACCUCAUCCUGUCCAGCAACCGAGGCUGCCGCACGCUGCUGCUCAAGAUCCCCAAGGAGUAUGACCUGGUGCUGUGGUUUAAUUCUGGAGAGGAGCGGGACACCUUUGUGCAACAACUGCAGGACUUGUGUUCACGCUGGGAGCUGGGCCUCCAUGUGGCUGAGAUGGGUGAGAGAGAGUUAUUCAGGAAGGCUGUGACCAAGCAGCAGCGGGGAUGCAUCCUGGAGAUCUUCUUCAGACAUCUUUUUGCUCAGGUGCUGGAUAUCAAUCAGGAGGAUGCGGGGACCCUGCCCUUGGACUCAUCCCAGAAGGUGCGGGAGGCUCUUACAUGUGAGCUGAGUAGGGCUGAGUUUGCUGAGUCCCUGGGCCUCAAGCCCCAGGACAUGUUUGUGGAGUCCAUGUUCUCUCUGGCUGACAAGGAUGGCAAUGGCUACUUGUCCUUCCGGGAGUUCCUGGACAUCCUGGUGAUCUUCAUGAAAGGCUCCCCAGAAGAUAAGUCCCGCCUAAUGUUUACCAUGUAUGACCUGGAUGAAAAUGGCUUCCUUUCCAAGGAUGAAUUUUUCACCAUGAUGCGGUCCUUCAUCGAAAUCUCCAACAACUGCCUGUCGAAGGCCCAGCUGGCCGAGGUGGUGGAGUCGAUGUUCCGGGAAUCAGGCUUCCAGGACAAGGAGGAGCUGACGUGGGAGGACUUCCACUUCAUGCUGCGGGACCAUGACAGUGAGCUCCGCAACACACAGCUGUGCAUCAAAGGUGGAGGUAUUGGAGAUAUCUUUAAACAAAACAUCAACUCUCGAGUCUCAUUCAUCACUCGGACUCCUAGAGAAUGCUCCUAUUCCGAGGGAAUAAGGCUCCCUGCCUCAGAAGCUCCUAUGCUGAAGAAAAGGUUUGGCAAAAAGGUGGUGGUGCCCUCCUCCCAGCUGUACACUGAGGCACUGCAAGAGAAGAUGCAGCGAGGCCUCCUGGCCCGGAAGCUGCAGCAAUUCAAGCGCUUUGUGGAGAACUACCGGAGGCACAUCGUGUGUGUGGCCAUCUUCUCAGCCAUCUGUGUUGGCCUGUUUGCAGAGCGUGCUUACUACUAUGCCUUUGCCUCGCCACCCACGGACAUUGCAGAGACCACCUAUGUGGGCAUCAUCCUGUCGCGGGGCACAGCAGCCAGCGUCUCCUUCAUGUUCUCCUACAUCCUGCUCACCAUGUGCCGCAACCUCAUCACCUUCCUGCGAGAGACCUUCCUCAACCGCUACGUGCCCUUUGACGCCGCUGUGGACUUCCACCGCUGGAUCGCCAUGGCUGCUGUUGUCCUGGCCAUUUUGCACAGUGCUGGUCAUGCAGUCAAUGUCUACAUCUUCUCAGUCAGCCCCCUGAGCCUGCUGGCCUGCGUAUUCCCCAACGUCUUUGUGAACGAUGGGUCCAAGCUUCCCUGGAAGUUCUAUGUGUGGUUCUUUCAGACCGUCCCAGGCAUGACAGGAGUGCUGCUGCUCCUGGUCCUGGCCAUCAUGUAUGUCUUUGCCUCCCACCACUUCCGCCGCCGUAGCUUCCGGGGCUUCUGGCUGACCCACCACCUCUACAUCCUGCUCUAUGCCCUGCUCAUCAUCCACGGCAGCUAUGCCCUGAUUCAGCUGCCACGUUUCCACAUCUACUUCCUGAUCCCAGCAAUCAUCUACGGGGGGGACAAGCUGGUGAGCCUGAGCAGAAAGAAGGUGGAAAUCAACGUGGUAAAGGCAGAGCUGCUGCCUUCAGGAGUGACUUACCUGCAGUUCCAGCGGCCCCAGGGCUUUGAAUACAAAUCUGGGCAGUGGGUGCGGAUCGCCUGCCUGGCUCUGGGGACCACUGAGUACCACCCCUUCACGCUGACCUCUGCACCCCAUGAGGACACGCUCAGCCUGCACAUCCGGGCAGUGGGGCCCUGGACCACUCGCCUCAGGGAGAUCUACUCAUCCCCACAGGACAAUGGCUGUGCCAGAUACCCGAAGCUGUACCUCGAUGGACCUUUUGGAGAGGGUCACCAGGAGUGGCAUAAGUUUGAGGUGUCUGUGCUGGUGGGAGGGGGCAUUGGGGUUACCCCUUUUGCCUCUAUCCUCAAAGAUCUGGUCUUCAAGUCAUCUUUGGGCAGCCAAAUGCUCUGUAAAAAGAUUUACUUCAUCUGGGUGACGCGGACCCAGCGGCAGUUCGAGUGGCUGGCUGACAUCAUCAGGGAAGUGGAGGAGAAUGACCACCAGGACCUGGUGUCUGUGCACAUCUAUAUCACCCAGCUGGCUGAGAAGUUCGACCUCAGGACCACCAUGCUGUACAUCUGUGAGCGGCACUUCCAGAAGGUGCUGAACCGGAGUCUGUUCACGGGUUUGCGUUCUGUCACCCACUUUGGUCGACCUCCCUUUGAGCCUUUCUUCAACUCCCUGCAGGAGGUCCACCCACAGGUGCGCAAGAUUGGGGUGUUCAGCUGUGGCCCACCAGGAAUGACCAAGAAUGUAGAGAAGGCCUGUCAGCUCAUCAAUAAGCAGGACCAAGCCCACUUCAUUCACCAUUAUGAGAACUUCUGAGCCUGCCCUCCUAGACUCCUGCUCCUAGCCUCUUGCCUUCUCCACUAUGUCCCUAAGUUGCCCAGCCCUGAGCCCCUCCCUCAUUGCCCCAUCUAUCUGUCCCAUGCUCUGAGAAGAUACAGAGGACCAUUCUCCACCCCAAUUUCAAGCAAUGGUUGGUGUGGGAAGCAAACUGGAGAGGGGACAGUGCCUGCUUGUGACCACUGUGGGAUGAAGAGAUGUACUAGUGUUUGUCCCCAGUGGGUCCCCAUGUCUCUGUUUGACUUCCACAAAAUCAUUGUAUUUCCUUGGUAUUUUCUUGGAUCAGGCAUUUGAGGGAGGAGGGGGAGGGAUACCUCUGAGUGAGAAUGUCCUCAGAGCCCAGCACAGAAGCCAUGAUGCUUAGAAUCUCAACAGCUCAAUUGCUUCAACUCAGUCUCCGGGCCUUCUCCCUCUAAGAGCAGCACUGCUCCUACCCCUUUCUGUCCUAGAGGGUCAGGAACCUUGAGGAGGGUACCAGGGAACAAAGUUGCCUCCUUACCCCUGAUGUUCCUGAGGUCAGCUAGUGAUGCCUUGACCCCGGUCUGACCCCAGUGGAGCAGUUCCUGAGCUUGGAGACUAAAGAAGUCCAGCCCUUCUGCCAAAGAGUCAAAACUCCCCUUCAGUUCCCUACUUUUAUAGGAGCUGGGUGACCAGUUGCCCAGGACUCUCCCAGUUUUAGCACUGAAAUCACAUGUUCCAGGAAACCCUUCAGUUUCAGACAGAUCAGGACAACUGGUAACCUUACUAGUUGGUGACCUACUAGGAUGUCACCUCCAUACUCAGCUCUUUAAAAUCGUUCCUUUUCCUUCUUCAUCUGACUCAUUCUUAAAAAGCUGAGCUGUAGGGGUGGCACCUGUGGCUCAAAGGAGUAGGGUGCUGGCCCCAUAUGCCGGAGAUGGCGGGUUCAAACCCAGCCCUGGCCAAAAAGCGCAAAAGAAAAAAAAAAAAGCUGAGCUGUAUUUUAAUUUGAGGUAUAAUUUGCAUGUAGUUAAGUGUACAAAUCUUAAAGUAAUCAUGUGCAUGAUUACCAACACCCAGAUCGAGAUAAAGAACAUUUUGACAUUUUCAUCAUUCCAGAAACUUCCCUUGAACCCCCUUCCAGUUAGUCUCUCCCAACUCCUAGAAGCAACCACUGGUGUGAUUCCUGUCCUUCUGGUUUUGGUCAUUGAAUGUGCUCUUUUGAGACUGGCCUCUUGUGUUUACCAUACACCUUUGUGAUCCAUCCCUGCUAUUGUAUGUAUCAAUAGUUCCUUUUUAUUGCUGAGUAAUAUUCACUGUGGAGAUGUAUCACAGUUUAUCGUUUUUUCCUGUUGAUGGACGUUUGAGUUGUUUCUCAUUCUGGGUGAUUAUGAAUAAAAGUGGUAUGAACAUU